AUGCGGCCACUUUGGCCUGGACGCAUUAUCCUGCAUGACCCUUCGUUCACUACAGUAUGGCAAGCUUCAUUUCGUGCUCUUUGCCUGUCUUUUGACCUUGGCACCUUGCAGCCCAGAAGCCAUCAUGACGUUGAGCGCUCAACUUCACGCCCUGCUUUGGGGAGCAGUCGACAGGUGAAGUUCAAUCCAAAUGUUUCUGUAGCGCUUGGCCUUGAUGAUGACUGGACUCUGCGCAGUUUUGAAAUUCAAGAGUCAUCACUCUCCACAUGGACGGACAAACCAUGGAGUGGAAGGCGAUUCAAGAAGCCUCUCACUCACCGGAAUGCUGAUGAACGUAUUUUUCCAUUGCAACAUCUUCCUCAAGAAGGACAAACUGGUGCCCCUCCUCAAGAUCCUCCUGUUGGGCCCUUUUUGCAUGAAGCUCCCCAAUCAAUCCAAGACCUGUUUCAAGUCUUCCUAGAGGAGGAUCUCAUUGAAGGCGAAGAACUCAAUGAGCCUGUCCCCAUUCGAAGUUGGUAUGUUCAUCAUCGCAGAGUACCUGAGUGUAUUGUACCUCGAUUUCAUGAACUACAAGGUCAUUGGCGUUUUUGGGCUGCAGAUAUCCUUUCGCAAUGGGAUGAUCAAAUCUCUCGUGAUGACGAUGUUGCUCUUGCGCUUGUCUUCCCCAAUCCACCUCGUGAUCAAGCAGUGAUGUUUGACUUGUUGGUGAUUCAAGGGCUUGAUCUUCCUCGACGUGCUUGUCUUGCAACUGUCAUUCGCUUGAACGACCCUCAACAGCGAGCUGAGCGAUCCCUUGCAAUAUCCUUGCCUCACCUGGUCAGUGCAAAAUACAUUGCUGCUCGGGCACAUCUUGUACAAGAUUGUCAUGUGCAUGAUUGUACUGUACGGCAUGGAAGAACAUACUUGACAUGGAAUGAUGUGCCUGCACACGAUGCUCGUGAUGGUCAGAGCUUUAUCAUUCGAAGGCUACCUGAUGACCCUGGCCUUGGUGCUUCGACACAUCCAGCUGCCUCAUCCUCUGGACCUGUCGCGUCACGACCGGCUGACGGUGGUUCUCCUGAUGAAAGUCUUCACGCAGAUGUCAAUCGGGAUUUGGAUUUGGACUAUGAUUCCAAUGUUUCCAUGGCAUCUACACCAAACCGACAAUCUGUUUUUGUGUAUCGACUUGCGGCACCAACGACGUUUGGACAUGCAGACUGGUCUUCGCACAACUCAAUGAUUGCCUCCCUUGCACGUAUUGCAGAAGUACCUCUUGACCAAGUUGUCACUGCGCAUCAUUUACAAUGCCAACUACCUGACCAACCGCCGCAUGUUGCUGCUGUGAUCCUUCAACACGUACAAGACAUUCAGCCGGCCUCAACUGAAUGCCUUAUAGUGAUUGAUCUAGAACUUCAUGCGCAUCCUCGUAUUGGUGCUCCUCCUGUGCCUCCACACAGCACGAGACAGGUUCAUCGUGUGUACCCUCUCCUGCGACGAGCCAACAUUCUCCAAUUGGCGCGCGUUGAUGCCUAUUGUGAGUGGGUCCACAACAGCUGUCUGGUGUUUCACAACGACCGGGGGUGGCCUAUUUUGGAGCUUGCACCUCGUUUCAUCCAGCAUGGAGCACAUUUCAAAGUGAUGGUACCACCCCCACCUGAUGGUCAUGGUGACACUGCCCAUGCUGUUCGGGUGGCGCGUGAAGCUGCUGACCUCUUUGACUUUCCGAUGGCCAGUCAAGUCAUUCCGGGCUUGUUGCUUGCUGACAAUCAUGCCUCUGCACAAGCGCCAGCUGCUGCACCUGCAGAUGAUGUUCAUGUACGAACCUGCAGAAAUGGUGAAGAUCAGGAGUUUGACGAUUUUCCUGUGUCAGAAGCAUCACAACGACCUGCUGCUCCUCUUCGACCUGACGUUGAUUGGAGCAAUGAAUGGAUGUCUCAGCUUGCACAUGUUUUUCGUCUGCAUGGUAUGGAAGAGGUUCUUGAUGGCCCCGCUUACCUCUACCUGCAAACGUGGUACAUUCAUCAUGAUCGACAUUUGUGGUGCCGCCAUCCUCGACCUGUACGCCUUACCAAUGAGGCAAUUGGAUGGUCCUUUGAUCUGCGGCAAACCUUGAUUGAUCUUCUUGACCCUCACAUUGCCGUGACAAUCCGAAUGGUUCAACCCACGCCGCCACAAUCACCACUUCAAUCGUACUCUGCUCACCUGAUUCUUGAACAAGCUCGACCACCUGGGCGCAGUGCUGUUGUUGUCUCGGCUCUAUUCGAGUCUCUACAAGGCAAUGCUUUGAUGCAGUUUGCCAAGUCAAUGCCCCGACAUGUCACUGCGAACGACGUCAUUCAAGAAAGUGAGCUUGUGCCUCAUUGCAGUGUUCGACCUUGUUCUGUUUGGGUUGGUCCUCGUCAAGUGAAUGUCGCAGUUGCGACUGCUGUUGAUUCUGGCACUGGGCUGCGAAUUCAUCUUCGACCCCUGCCAUAUGAACCAUCUCAACUGGCACAACCACCGUAUCAAGCUGAUGGGAUGCACGCUGAACCAUCUCUACUGACGACUCCUUUGAUGCGUGCUGAUGGGACCCACUUCAUUGAGGAUGAGCCUCCUGACAACACCAUUGAUUUCCUUCAACGUCGUGUUCUGGCACUUCAACGCAAUUUACGGACUGUUCUAGCGGUGUCCUCCGGUGCGGCUAUCCAACCUGGUGUUGUUGAGGGCCCCGUUGAUGGACCUGCUGUGAAACAUCCUUUACAAUUGGAGUCGCUCAUUCCUCACCAUUCUACUGUGAUCAAGGCUCCAUGCCACAAAGUUGCCUUUUUUGCCAACCACCUCUUGACCAUUGACAUUGGUGCGAUUCAACCUUUUGCAAGUGUUGUCAAGUGGCAUGAUCCGACUUUGGUGGCGCGUGCUUCUUGCCCGGAUUGGAACUAUGAAGCGCCCCUUCGAAUCUGGUUCUAUACUGACGGAGCUUCAAGCCUGAAAAUUGAUUCUCAACAACGCUGCGCUUCAGCCUCUGCAGUGCUCAUCAUUGAGACAGCUGUUGGCUUGAAGUUUGGUGGCUUUCGGACUUGCACAGUCCCAGCACCUGCCACUGCACCUUUUGCCGAACAUGUUGCGUUACAGUUGGCUUCUCUUUGGUGUAUUCAACUUCAUGAGUGGUGCAGGUGGGCAUUUGGGCUGAAUGGCAUUCAAACUACGUUUGUUUUUGACUGCCUUGCUGCGGGCCACGCCGCUCAUGGCUCAUGGUGUUGCACUCAACAUGCUGCCUUGCAUCACCGAACCCGAGCGCUGCAACAUUGGAUUGAGAGCCGCUACUCCUGUACUCCUGCGUUCAUCCAUGUUCAUAGUCAUCGCGGCGACCCUUGGAAUGAAGCAGCUGAUGCGAUCUGUUGGGCCACGCUUCAUGAUUGGAUUCCUGGAGUUUCUUUUGAUGAGCUUUGUCAUCAACAGCUUGUCCCAUUUGAUGAUGUGGUUCCAUGGCUUUGGUAUUGGCAGCGCUCUCUUCAAGGUGCCGUUGGGUAUCCUGAUGUCUGUGAUGGAUUUUUCAACUUCUCAUUUCAACAUGUUGAUGCACCUUUUCUUGACUCCUCCACGCAUUCAUUUUGUCAAGUCCAGCAAGAUGAUUCUGCCGCAUCACAACAAACUGCAACACUGACACUGCGUGCUGCUACGGCGAAUGUGCUCACGUUGUAUUCGAACCAAGCUGCCCAUGGACAUUACAUUUCUGCACGGCAUGAAGCUUUGAUGCAUGAAUUUCAUCGUCAUGGUGCACACUUAGUUGGAGUUCAAGAAACACGAUCAAGGCUAACUGGCCACCACGCUGCAGAACACUAUCAUGUCAUUGCAGUUCCUGCGCUUGCCAAUGGUCAUGGAGGUUUACAGCUUUGGAUUGCAAAAGUCAUUGAAGUUGGCUCAACGCAGCUCCUUGUUCGUGAUUCUCAUCUUCAUGUCCUCCAACAAUCAGUGCGUCAUCUGAUUGUGCGGAUUUCUGUGGAUGGUCUCAAACUUGUUGCUAUUGUUGGACAUGUUCCAUGCAUGCCUGAUGUCUCUGCUGCAGCUGCAUGGUGGAAACAGAUUUUGCAAGGGCUUCCGCCAGCUUACCAGCACUGGCCACGGAUCAUGAUGGUCGAUGCCAAUGCUCGUGUUGGCUCGCUGACGUCAGCAGCAAUUGGACCGCACCAAGCGAGCACUGAAAAUGAGCACGGUGAGAUGAUGCAUCAGUGGAUGAUUGACAAUGGGAUGUUUGCACCACAGACGUUCGAUUGCCAUCACAUCGGCUCUGCCUCGACAUUUGCUCAUGCCAAAGGUCCUGAAGGACGCAUUGACUUCGUUCUGGUUGAUGAAGCGCUGCGCCAUCCUUCUAUUCAAUCCUUUGUCACUGACAUAGAUCUGGCUACACAGAGACCUGAUCAUUUUGCAGUUGCUGUCGACAUCCCUAUUACUAUGUGGCAUCGCUCUCGGCGUAUUCGUCGACAACCAGAUGUGGCGGCUGUAAAUACUGCUGGUGCUCCUCCACAGCAAAUCCCAUGGAAUCUUGACGUGCACUCCCAUGCUGCUCUUUUGCACCAAUGGCUGCGUGGGUGGCAACCAAAACGACCACAUCUUCCACGAAAAAAGCACUUGACACCUGACACCUGGAAUCUUGUGCAGACAAAGGCAUUUCAUUGGAAACGAUCACGACAAAUCCGUGCCACUUUACACACCGCCACCUUGCGUGCGAUUUUUGAUGCCUGGCGUACUUGUGACGUUCCUCUGGGUGACCAUGAUGCUUCGUCUCAAUGGCAGACCAGCCAGAUGGAUCUUGCUUGGCAUCUUGAUCAACAUCGACGUAUGGGUGUCAUUGUUACUGAUGCUGUCCGUCGUGAUGACAUUGCCUUCUUUGAAUCCUUUGCUCAACGGCACAAUGAUGAAGCAUUGCCAACCUUGUGGAAAACGCUCAAGCCUUUGCUCCCACGUGCUUGCUGCUGCGAGAAGACGCAACAACUUGAGGAGAACCUGCUCUAUAUCCUGAUCUACUUCAACAAUGUCACGAAUCCCAACAACAAGCACUUGAUGAAGCUCCUUUGGUUGUGGCUCUCACAGACUUGCCCAAUCGAGUCGACCUUGAACAACUUUGCUGCCGUGGCAAACGAGGCCUUCCUACAAGGAUCCGAGCCUCUUCGAUGGAAAGGCGGAAGGAUGCAUGUCAUCCCGAAGAAGACCAACGUGAUGCGAGCAGAUGCAAUGAGGGGCAUCAUGGUCCUCACAUCCUGUGGUAAACUUUAUCACGCGCUUCUCCGACGCAUGUUGCUUGCUUGGACUACUUCGCUGAGGUUGCCGGCACAGAAGGGAGGCUUUUGUGGCCAGCAAACUAGUUUCGCAACCCAUCUAUUGCGUACCUACUGCAACCUGAUCACCCAGGCCAAGAUGUCCUAUGGAGUUCUCUUCUUUGAUGUCCGAGCAGCAUUUCACAGCAUGCUUCGUGAACAUGCCUUUGGAGGAACUGGACUCCCCACCCGGCUUUGCAGUGUGCUUGAUGCUGCUGGCCUCAAUGUUCAACAACUUUGCCAGGACAUCCAAGUCCAUUGCCAGCGCUUUGAAGAACAUCCGAAUCCAUGCCUUCAACGAGCAGUUCGUGAUGCACAUUGCUUCACCUGGUACAUGGUUCAGGGAGACCCUGAAUGUCAUCCGACCCAUCGAGGAUCGCGCCCUGGCAGCCCUUUGGCAGACAUUGCUUACAACAUCACUAUGCUGAAUGUGCUUCGGGAUAUUCUUCCGUUGCUCCAUGAGCAGGUCUCGCUCUGCGCUGCCACGGCACAAUUGCCCAUUUUCUCGCCCUUGGUGACAUGGGUAGAUGACUUGGCAAUUCCUGUCCCUGCCAUCCGUGCACAAGAUUUGGAUGCCCAGAUCGUUGCUGUGUUGACAUGCGUCAAACAAGUGAUGGCUUCAUAUGGGUUGCAAUUGAACAUGCAGGCUGGCAAAACGGAGCUGGUGUGCCAAUAUCAUGGAGCAGAUGCAAUCGCAUGUCGACACAAACGGUUCAUUGAACACGCUGGCCGGCUUGAACUUCCUGAUGGCAGUCUUCUUCAUGUUGUUGGUCAGUAUCAGCAUUUAGGCACUGCCUUCAGCCAAUCGCUUUCUCUCAAAGCUGAACUUGAUGGUCGCAUUGGCAAAGCUGCAGCGGCAUUUCGGCAACUUUCUCGUGCUGUAUUCAACAACAGGCGAUUGACUUCCAAGGUCAGGUUGCAGCUUCUUGAGUCCUUGGUUCUUUCAAUCGUGUUCUACGGCUCUGGAACUUGGCCCUUGCUGAAUCAUCGCCAGUAUACGACGUUGGCGCAUGUCAUUGUGAAGUGGCAGAGGCAGAUCACCUUGGAUGGAUUUUGGAAGGAUAAUCCUACUCCUGAUGCUGACCUUCAGGCCAAAUGGCAACUUCCUGUGCUUUCAGCACGGCUUGCAAAACACAGGCUUUUGUAUGCCUUUCAGAUGGCUGCCAAUGCUCCCCAAGAUCUUGUGACCUGCCUUACUGCUGAAGAUGCACUCCCCAGUGGUUCUCCUUGGUGUGUUGCUCUUCGCCAUGCUAUUUCUUGGAUGCGAUUGCAUGAUCCUGAUGGUAUUGCUACGGCAGAUGUGAGUUCACCAGAGUCUCUUCUCCAAUGGCUUCACGAUCACCGCGCUGAUGGACCACCCUUAGUGCGACGUCUUGCUCAACAUGCUCUUCAGCAAGACUUUGUGAUGUUUGAGUUCAAACAGAAGACUCGGCAGAUUGUGGAGGCUUGUCGUUCUCAUGGAGUUCAGCUUGACCAGACACCAGAGGUUCCACUCACUGCGCAUCAUGUGGAUUUUUCAUGUCAUGUGUGCGGGCAAGGAUUUUAUUCUGUGCAAGGGCUGCAAGCCCAUCUCUGGCGCAAACAUCAUCUCUUUUCUGAAGAACGCAAAUAUGUCUACGACACCACGUGUCGUGCGUGCAAUCCCCCGGCUUUCAUCAAAGGCAUUUCGAGACUGCCCGCUUGCACUGUUGAGGGGCCCAUGCCUGAUGUCAUGGACACUGUUUGGAGUCAGCAGCAAGCUGAGUGCCGGAGGGCCCUCACCGCCGAAUGGACUCGUUUGGGCUUCCCAGAUGCUUUGGAUGCGAAUGUCAAGGAACAGGUGUUUGCACAAUGCUCCUCCACUACGUUGCACUGGAUCCGUGACACUCAUUUAGAUGAGAUUUCCAUCGACCACCUCAUGCAUGUUUGGUUAGCAACUUUGACGGAGUCCGAGAACUCUGACUCUUCUGAUUUGCUGAUGAAUGCAGUGACUUGGGCAUUUCUCAUUUGGGGUCAAACCAUUCUCCCGGACAUCAUUGAGCAGACGGAAGACCCAGAUUACCAGAUUUGCAUGGAUCAAGCGUUUCAUGAGGUCUCGAAGCUCUUUGAUAUGUCUGAUCUGUUGGCCAAGUUUGACAAGCUGGAUCGUGCUCGGGAGCCCAUUGACAUUGUGCCCAUUGCACCAGUCACCGUGGCUGACUCUCGAAGUUCAGCUGUUUUGGAGCCCUUCUCUGUGACCUACUUUGAGCAGCCGGCGCUCUUAAAACAGCUCGUACCACCGGUGAUUGACUGGCCUGGUGCACAAGCAGUUCCUGUUGUCAUUGGCCUUGCCGAGAAGCCGACCUUAUUUGUCCUCCACAUGUUCUCUGGACGUCGACGCCCAUUUGACUGUCACUACUGGAUUGAGACCCUUGCUCCCCAGUUGUUGCCUGAGUUCAAUGUGAUUUCGUUAUCCAUGGACACAGCCAUUGAUGCACAGUUGGGAAACAUGAUGACUGGCCCCAGUUUUAGUCAUGCCACAACUCUUGCCCACGCUCGAGUAUUUGGUCUUGGACUAACUGGACCACCUUGUGAGACAUGGUCUGCAGCUAGGCAUUUGCAGUGUGAUGCUUUGGGUGCUCAUGGUCCUCGACCUCUUCGUUCGUGCUUGGACGCUUGGGGACUUGCCGGGCUCAGCGUACGGGAGUUGUUGCAACUUUGUGCUGGCUCGCACUUGAUGUUGCACAGCCUGCUGCUGGAAAUCCUCAUCAGUUUGAGCGGAGGUGGCAGCAUCAUGGAGCAUCCUGAAUACCCACCGCAGCUUUGCGAGGCAUUAAUUCGAUCCGCCUUUUUGAGCCUGAAGAUGCGAGUUCAGCGCUCUGGCGUGCAUCAUGUUCCUUGGGACAACUUAGAUGCUGGUGCCCGUGAGUGGGUCCAGGCACUAGCAACUUGUAGUUGCACCUCAUUUGCGGCGUCGUAUUUGCCCGAUUACCAGCCAGCUCUGUAA